AUAUUUUUCAGAAAACAUCCUUUCCCUACUUUUCUGCUAGUAAACACAGGCGUAGUCCUUUACCUUGAACGCAGAACUCUGGUUUUGAACCCUCAAUUGAAAGAGGAGGAUGGGUUUUGAAGAGUUUGAACCCAUCUAUGCUGAACCCAAAGUCGAAUGGUCGAGGAGCUCAGAUUCGGUUUCGGUUCCAUUGCGUCGAUUCUUGAUGCGGAUUUUUGCUCCUGAUUACUAUAACCUCAAAAUUCAAGUAACUGAUUAUCACUUACACACAUUAGAGACCGUUAAAUCGGUUUUGCAGCUUGAGGAUAUGAGGGAUAGCAUUGGAAUUGGGGGCUCCUGGUCUGACUUUGUUGACUACAUUGUAGCCUCUUUUAAAUCUGAAGAUGUAAAGCUUGUUCUGGAGAAAAAUUCAGACCCAGAUGGUCCACUACAUGCAAAAUUAGUUGCUCAGAAAUCAAAAGGAAUGCCUGUGAUUUCCAUUUCUCUGACAAAACUUGUGGACUCUGCUGCGAAUGAUGCUAUGGAAAAUAUGUCCUUUGGGCUCUUCAGGGCUUUUAAAUUUGUGCAGAAUUUGGUUGUACAAGAGCAAGGACGCACCUCUCAAUUGACAAAAGCAAUAUCAGUUGAAGAGGAGGAUAGUGGAAGUAUCCAGAGCCAAUUGAAGAAGCGGCAGAAGUUACAAAAAAUGAACUCUUUAGAUAAGACAGGUGCUUCUGUUUUUCCAAGUAAUAAUGGCUCACGAGAUUCCCCAGACAAACAAUCAGCUCAAGAUCCAGUCUCAAAGAAAGUCGCCAAUCGUGUUGUGCCCGCAUAUCGCAGGGCAAAAGUGAGGGGUGCCCUUCUGCAGGAUACUGAAGACGACAAAGAUAACUAAGCUGACAGUUUAUUUCACUGUGUUUUGCAAUGAACCGUUCCAGUUUAAAAUAGAAAUUUUCAUAUAAUACAUAAUAUCAAGAAGAAAGGAGUCUCGACUAAAGAAAAUGAAGAGGGAGAUGCAUCUGGGUUUUUACUUGGGCAAUAAAAUUGCAUCAUCAAAGGCUUGUAGUUGUCAUGAGGAAAUGUAAAUCAGGGAUUUGUAAAUGUAUUUGCAAUUCGAUGUUUGAGGUUAGAUAUUUGAAGGACAGGUUUUUAUAGUUACUUUUAAUCACUGAUUUAUGGAAAUGGUGCAAUUGAUACAAA